CGAGGAAGCUGUGCUUGGCUGAACCUCCAGCAGAAAUCAGAUUUCACAGAAAUGUCACAGCGCAACGAGAAAGUGAGGACGCCGAUGCUUCUUCAAUCAACUCAAUAGCAUAGCAUUCCAUCUCAAAACUCAAUCCAGCCAUCAAGUCCAUGGCACUAAAUAGUAAGACACUGUGGGAGAAGAAGGUGGAAGCUUUUAGAAGCUUUGGUUUGUCAGACAAUGAGAUUUACGCAGCAUUCAAGCGGCACCCCAUGUGUAUGGCUCUUUCGGAGAAGACAAUCAAGAAAAUGAUGGGUUUCUUUGUGAACAAACUGAAGAUGAAGCCUGCAAAGAUCUCCAAGAGUCCGAUUCUUCUACAGUAUAGCUUGGAGAAGCGGAUUAUUCCGAGGUGUUCAGUUCUGCAACUUUUGAUGUUGAAAGGUUUGAUCAAGGUAGAUACUAGCAUUGUUUAUAUAGUCAAAACGGCUGAGAAGAAAUUCAUGGAGAGAUUUGUGAGCAAGUAUCAAAAUGAGGUUCCUGAUGUUGUUAGAGCACACCAUGGGAAGAUAGAAUUUCAAGGGCUCCCUAUUGCACCAAUGGAGACGUGAUUGCUACAUAAUCAAAUGUGACCUUGGCUAUAGAUCCCGAAUGGAAAAAUAAUUUCAGCAGGUCAUGUUUCAGCAGGUCUGUAUGGCAAUCCAUCAGUGUUGCACACAUCAGGCAAAAUUAGAAACUUGUGAAAGAUGAGGUGAAUGUUCCAUGCAUACAGUAGAACUUGCCUGCCUUUUUGAUAGUGAUAGCUGUAUGAUGCUAUCAAUUUGACAUUACAUUUCAGGAUAAGCAAGCCCUGGCCUUAUACAUAAGAGCAUUUUUAAUUUAGAGGCACUCAAGGAUGUUUAGGUGUAGGUGUGUGAAGACUGUGAGGCCUCAUGAUGAUUUUAUCUCAUGUUACUUUUUAGAUCUAACAUGAAAGAAGCGUGGGAAGUAUCUUUGUUCACUCUUCAUAUGGUGUUUCGGAUUAAUGGUAUUUGUUGACCUCUCAUGAGUAGAUGCCCAAGAUUCGAGUCCAAGUACUCUUAGUUUCAAUCCCCUUAGUAACAAAAAAUUAUUUUAUAUACCUAUUCGUGCAGCUUUGUUUCAUUGGCCAUUAACCCUUUUCAGGGUCUUUAUAGUUUAUAUUUAAUGAUUAUCAUUGGAGACAAGUUGACCA